UUCAGGCUGCUGCUGUCCUGUUCUCUCUGGCAUCCCUGACUGCAAACAAAUUCCUCCCUCUGGCCCCCAGGUGCUUUUGCUUUCCUGUUGACCUCUGGAGAGUUCCAGGGCUUCUGCUGCUAAGGUGACUUACGUAGAAGUCUCACUUAUUUUUCACAAGGAGCUCUCCCCCCUACCUGCUCUGUGCUGGGCCUUGGAUAAGCAGCCGGAGAGCACUGCUGAACCUCCCUCCGGCAGCAAGAGCCUCACACCAGCCAUGACAGUGCUGCAGGGUUGACAGACAGGACUCUCACUCUCAUCUCCACGCUGAGCAGGGCUGUUGGGUUUAGAGCCAGUCCUGUGUGGCAGAGUCUCAGAGCUACUUUAGCCCUUGAACAGAGGAUCUGCUCUGCCCCAAAUCCUACCUGAUCCCUUCCUCCACCGUGUAUCCCUUGGCUGCUGACCCAGACUCAGAAGAUGGAUGGUCCAGUGCUAAGCUGGCUGUUGAAUCACUCCCUUCUCCUCCCACUGGACUCUGCUCAAUAUCCUGAGCUCAGACUUGACCUGCUCGACAAGAAAGGUUCCUGCCUGCAGCUGGCUGCCAUGAGGAAUGUGAACAUCAUCCUGCAGCACUACAACUUCACAGGCAAGCUAACCAACCGGCAGUCUGGGGACGAGGGCAUGGGCUUCAUACACACAACCUUCAUCAUUAUCAGCUGCAUCAUCAUCCUGGAGAACCUGCUCGUGCUGCUGGCCAUCCUGCGGUGUCUGCGAGCCCGCCGCUGGGUCUAUUCCUGCAUUGCCAGCAUCACUGUGAGUGACCUGCUUGCAGGAAUUGCCUACCUCUCUAAUCUCUGCCUCUCAGGCAAGAAGACCUUCCAGCUUUCACCUCCGCUCUGGUUCCUGCGGGAAGGCAUCCUGUUCAUUGCACUGGCUGCCUCCACCUUCAGCCUGCUCGUGACAGCCAUUGAGCGUUAUAGUGCCAUGGUGAGGCCAAUUGCUGAGAAUGAAGCCAGCAAGACCCUGCGCUUACGCAGCCUGAUCAUUUCCUGCUGGCUGCUGGCCUUUGUCAUAGGACUGCUCCCACUGCUGGGCUGGAACUGCCUGUGCGACUUCAGUGCCUGCUCUGUGCUCCUGCCUCUCUACUCCAAGAACUACAUCCUUUUCUCCGUAGUCAUGUUCAGCAUCAUCCUCCUGGGGAUUAUUGGCCUCUACAUCUCCAUCUUUCAACUGGUCCAGGCCAGUUCUAAGCAAACCAGUUCUCGGCACAGCCGCAAGCGUUCCCUGCGCUUGCUUAAGACUGUGCUGAUGAUCCUGGGUGCCUUCAUCAUCUGCUGGAGUCCCCUCUUUGUCCUGUUGCUGUUUGAUGUCUUCUGUGAGACCCAGACCUGCACACACCUCCAGAGCCUGGACUGGACCUUGGCUCUGGCUUUGCUUAACUCAGGCGUCAACCCCAUCAUCUAUUCCCUGAGGAGCGUGGAGGUGCGCCAUGCUGUGGGAAGCCUGCUGUGCUGCUGCUGUGUCAGGGCUGGGCUUUGCAAGCCUGGGAACUGCAUGGUCAUCACAGAUAUCAACUCUGGCUCAUCCACGGAGAGCUCACUGCACUACCGGGAGAGUUUCCGCAGCUCCGUGGCACUGAAUGCUAGGCCCAGAGCACCUCUCUCCAGCAACUCCAGCAUGAUGAGCAAUCUCCCUAGCCUCUAAGAAGCCAUGGGAAGAGCAAGAGGUGCCAGACAGCUCCCAGGACCUCAUUCUGCUGGUCCUGGCCUGGCAGAACUGUAGCCUACGUGCAACUCAGGCUGACCUGGGGCAGCCCCACCCCAGUUGUUAACUGAGACCAGGCUUUCUAGACCCAUCAGACUGGGAUGUUGCUUCAGUGUGGGUUCAGCACAUGGACAGGCAUUGCUCCCAGGCUGGGAGAGAAAGAUACGGGCACAUUUUAGGACCGAUGCUCUGCGGAGACAACUGCAGUGCCUAGGUUAUAAGUGUGUGUGCUCUGUGUGUGCAGACAGACGCCCUACCUGCCCAAAUGAGGGUAUUUUGCCCAGGGCACAGUGACAUGUAGGGUGGGCAUCCCCAACCAGAUGGCCCCCCCUAUCCCUUCAGGUCGGGCUGGGUUAGCAGUGCUGCCACUUCACAUCAUGCAGGGUUGGAGGUGAUACUUUUGAGUCUCCUCCUGCAGUUUACAGCCUUCUGGAACUGUUGCGAUGGGCACAGCUGCUGGGAAAGAAUGCAGAACAACUGUAUUUGCAAGUGCAACUAUGUGCUGUUGUGGGGCAGAUCUGAGCCAGGAAUCAAGCGCCCACCUGCAGUGCAGCACAAACCAGCCAGAGGACAGCAGAGGGCUGCAGCAACAGCCUAGGCCCUCCUUGGAGUGCUAAGGUUGGGCACUACGCCCGGGCAAACGCUGUGACAAUGCUUGCAGUCUGGCAGCAAGAAGUGAGAGCCCUGCCCUGCCUCAGGGCAUGGGGCUGCACCUGCAGUGACAGCUUGGGCACUACCACAGUGACUGGAGCCACCCUGGAUCUGACAGAGACACAGUAGGGCCUGAAGACACUGCCAGCUUGCGCCUCAGAUCCCUGCUCUUCUAUUCCCUAAUGUAGGGAAUAAUCAGAGCAGCACUCAAACACAUCCUCUCACCCGACAAAAAGGACAAAGCCAUGGAAGCACUGUGGGCUCACAAAAAACUUGCUGGCCCAGUCCCUCCACAGGAGCUGAGUUAUCAACCCAUUUGUUUUGCAUUAAAUUGAGGUAACCAAAAGUCCCGUGUUAAUUUUGCUGUAAAUUUUUUAC